CACAAUACCAUGGCAAUUUCUUCAACACGAGCACAGGAUGCAAUUGGAUGUCUGCUCUGUGACAUGCCGUCCCAACAGUUUUGCAACAACUGCCAAAUAAAUUUAUGCGUGGAUUGUAUCAGUAUUCAUGUAGAUACAUUCAAGUCUGUGUCACACGAUAUUGUUCACUUGAAGAACAAGACGACCCGACUGAAAUAUUGUGAGUGCAAAUUUCAUUACGGACAGCUAUGUGAGGCCAACUGUCAAUCGUGUCACACACCAGUCUGCAUCGAGUGUCUUUUGUCAGACUUGCAUCGAGACCACAAUGUGAUAAAAUUAAUUAAAAUUGUAGAGGAAAAGAGGCAAGAAAUCGAAAAGGAAACAGAGGAAAUUGAAACAAAAAUAAUUCCUAAAUAUAAAACAACCAACACUAUUAUUGAAGAUAAAGCAUUGAAAGUUACAUCAGAAUGUGCUAAAACAGAAAGCGAAACGGAGAAGCUAAGAGAUAUCUGGCAUCAAGAAGUAGACGCCAUUUUCAAUAAGGUUGGUUCUGUAGCUCAGUUCUUUAAGGACUACAAACUAGCAGCUCUAACCACAGAACAGUCAAAAAUUAAAAAGCUUGUUCAAGACAGUAUUCAUACAGUUUCGCAAAACAAACAGCUGCUUAGUUCUAACAAUCCAUAUGAAGUUGCCAACUUCAAAUCUACUGUUAACCAAAACAGGGAUAUUUCGAUCGAUUUUGGUAUUUCAUUUCCCGAUCUAAAAUCAAACAUUGUUCAUGGAAGCAAUCUUAGUAUGGAAUUUGGGGGAAUAAGGGCAAUGCUAACACUAAUAUCGCAAUCGGAUAAUCUUGCAAGUGAUAUGCAUUUUUUAACUACAAAAGAAUUGCGCAGUAAAGCAAAAAUAUCUGUUUCGAUACCAACAGGGUGUAAACCGUUAUAUAGAGUGGUCUGCGUUGGAUCGAAUGAAGCUUUUGUCUCUGGCAAUGAUAAGUCCAUAACACGUAUAGAUAUACAUGGGAUUACACUCGAUAUGGUUACCACUGAUUGUCAGGUUAGGCCUAAUGGUAUUUCGGUGAAUUGCCAUGGUGAAUUGCUUUACAGUAACUGCGACAAUAGAACAGUCAACCUAGUAAGAUAUGGACAAGCAAAGGUUUUAAUGACAUUGCCUAUAGAAUGGUCUCCAUAUAGCCUGUGUUGCACAAAAUCAGAAAAUAUUCUGGUCCAUGCGUCUAGUAUUGAAAGAAAUAAAAUAAUCAAGUAUCAGGGACAGAAUGUAACACAAGACAUUGAUAAAGAUAAUCAGGGAAUUUCAAUUUUUCAAAAUGGAAAGUUUACACUGAAUAUGGCUGAGAACAACAAUGGGGACAUUUGUGUUUCUGAUGUAAAUGCCGAACGUAUCGUUGUUAUAGAUCCAACUGGCAGAGUUCGGUUCCGAUAUGACGGUACACACGCCAAGAGAAAAAGAAAAUUUAGUCCAAGGUGUAUUGUGACAGACUCGUUAAAUCAAAUACUUACAACAGAUGUCAACAAUUGCUGUGUUCAUAUCCUGGAUCAGAACGGGAAAUUCCUAAAAUGUUUGGAUAAUUCUGAUCUUAAAGUGCCGAUUGGAUUGAGCAUAGAUUGCAAAGGAAGACUGUGGGUGGGGUUGCUUGAAAGAGGAAAAAUAAAAGUUUUGGAGUAUUUGAAAUGACACACAGCCUAAUAGAGGAAUGUCCAAAGCAUCGACUGGUUUAAGAAACUUGUUGUAAUCUAACAAGACGCUAAUCAAAAAAAAAAUUCCAUAGUAUCCUUGUAUAUCAAGUAUCCUUAAAAUAAAUUUGUUGAAUGAUGAAACAA